UAGCCUAUUAGAUUAUGCAACGUCACGACGCAGCACAAUUUUAACACAAGCUUUAGUAAUAGAAACCAGUUGCAUUUAUUUAAUUGUAAUAAAAAGCACGCACACAUGAUGCUUAGAAAUUCCCGAAGUGUUUGUGCGCUGCCACGCCAAAUUAACUUUUUUGCCAACCGACAGCAACAUACGAACAAAGCAGCUGUAGCUGACACUAUGGAGAAGUUUGAUCUACCAAAGCGUCUGCAGGGCAGCACACCAAGUGUGUGGAACGAAUAUAUUGCACUGGCCAUGCAAUACAAGCCACUGAAUUUGGGACAAGGUUUCCCGGAUGAUGCGGCACCCGAAUAUGUGACUAAGGCAUUGGUCGAUAUUGGCAACGAUGAAAAUCCUCUGUUACAUCAAUACACUAGAGGCAAUGGUCAUUUGCGUUUGGUGCAGGCACUGGGCAAGCUUUACAGUGGCCUGGUUGGCCGUGAGCUAAAUCCUCUGCAUGAUAUUCUGGUUACAUCUGGCGCCUAUGAGGCACUAUAUUCAACUAUAAUGGGGCAUGUGGAUGUAGGUGAAGAGGUUAUCAUCAUUGAGCCAUUCUUUGACUGCUAUGAGCCCAUGGUAAAAAUGGCAGGAGGCGUGCCACGCUUUAUUCCACUCCAAGUGCGUAAGAAAGAUGGUCCUAUCAGUUCUGCCGACUGGGUGCUAGACGAUUCAGAGCUAGAGAAGAUGUUCAAUAAAAAGACCAAAAUGAUUAUACUGAAUACACCGCACAAUCCAACGGGCAAAGUGUUCCAUCGUCACGAGCUGGAACGCAUUGCUGAGCUGUGCCGCAAGUGGAAUGUUCUUUGUGUUUCUGACGAGGUAUACGAGUGGUUGGUCUUCGAUGGUGUGGAACAUGUGCGCAUUUGCACGUUGCCUGGAAUGUGGGAUCGCACAAUUACAAUCGGUUCGGCUGGCAAAACCUUUUCGGUGACAGGUUGGAAAAUUGGAUGGGCCUAUGGACCACAUCACUUGAUUAGAAACCUGCAAAUGGUUCACCAGAAUUCCGUUUAUACUUGCCCCACGCCAUUGCAGGAAGGCGUUGCUCGCAGCUUUGAACUGGAGCUGACACGCAUGGGCAAGCCAGAGAGCUACUUUCUAAGUUUGCCACGCGAGCUGCAGCCAAAGCGAGACUUUAUGGCCAAGUUUCUUACUGAAGCGGGCAUGAGUCCCACAAUUCCAGAGGGAGGCUACUUCAUGAUCGCCGAUUGGACAGCGUUGGGCAAAAAGCUGGACCUCAGCACAGAAGCAGACAAAUAUCGUGAUUACAAGUUCACCAAGUGGAUGACUAAAAACAUGGGACUACAAGGAAUCCCGCCCAGCGCAUUCUACAGCGAGCCCAAUAAGCAUCUAGGCGAAGAUUUUGUUCGUUAUUGCUUUAUCAAGAAGCAGGAGAAUCUAGAUAAGGCAGCUGAGCUGCUUAAAAAAUUGAACUAAUAAUUUUGUAGUUAAACUGCGCAAUUGCCAAACUCAAAUAAACUGAUGCAUU